AUGGCCGACCUGAGAAAUGACGGUCAGUUGCCUUCUGUUCCGGAGGGAGUCAUGCUGUCGUCGCAGUCGAACCCUGGCGUUGAGGCGACCAUUCCGCCGGAUACACAGCGUCGUUCGACGACGGUCUUGCCACAUUCUCCAUUCAUCACCAGACGAGAACGGCGCGAUUCUUUGAACGAGCGAGCAGCUAAAGGACCCGUUCACUACGGUGUCGUCAAGUAUUUCUGCCGCGAACAAGGCCAUGGUUAUAUAACGUCGUAUGAAACCGGCGAGGACGUGUUCGUUCAUAUUUCAGAGUACGUUUCGCUUUUGCCUACUGUAGAGUUUAAGCAA